AUGUCAUCACAAUGCAAGUAUUUAAAUGCUCAUGAAGGUUUUCCUAAAAAUAAAGGGAAGGAGCGAUUACUUAGGGAUAACAAAUUCGAGAAAAGUCCUUCGAAGGAAAUAUCUAGUAUUCAAACUGGUUGCAAAGCAAAUCAAUAUCCUUCAAUGAGGAAAGCAAUAAGUGAGGUCCUUCCUAAUAUGGCUCAUCGGUUUUAUAAGCGGCACAUUCUUCAAAAAGCACGCGAGCAUCUAGGCAUUUUAUUUGGCACAAAAGAGAAGUUUCAAGAGGACUUUCUUAGUUGCAUCAAUUUUAGCUUAACAGUUGAGGAUUUUGAGUCAAGUAGAGUCAAUACCCAUACAACAAUUUAUGAGUUUGUCAUGCAAUAUGAAAAGGCUUUAGAAGAUCGAUUUGAUGUAGAAGAGGAAGAGGAUUUUCGCUCUCUGCAAUACAAGCCAAGUUCAUGGUCUCCAAGCCUAAUAGAGAGGCAUGCACAAAAGAUUUAUACUAGAGUAAUGUUUAAGGUCUUCAAGGAUCAACUGAAAGAGAUAUUUUUAUUUUCUCUAAAUGAAAUGGAGCCUAAAGUAUUGUACAAACUAGUGCAAGUCCUAAACUCAAACAAACCAAGUGCUAGAAGAAGAACUUAUAUAGUUACCUUCCAAGCCCCUACGACAGUAUCUUGCAAUUGUAAAAUGUUCGAAUUUAGUGGAAUGGUGUGCUCGCAUGUGCUUAAGGUGCUUUUGCAUCUUGAUAUCUUGGAAAUACCCUCUGAAUAUAUUUUAAAGAGAUGGACAAAGUCAGCUAAGGAAGAAAGUUUUGAUACACACCAAUGUCUUAGCACUGAAUCGUCAAAUUCCUCCUCAAAGACUCUAACGUUUAAUAGUUUGUCUCAAAAAAUAAUAAAAUUGGUUGUAGAAGGUUCCACGUGUAUUGAGUUGUAUAAUUUGAAAAAAAGAAAGAUGAAACGUUUCAAGCCUCCUUCAGAGAUGAAAGCUAAGAAGCAAAGAACUUGUGGGAAAUGUCAUGGGAAAGGUCACAAUAGUCGAGCUUGCAAGGCCCAAACAACAAGUCAUGUAGGAAGCAUCAAUGAGGAAGAAGAGGAAGAUCCGGAAGACCAAGAAGAAGAGGAUGAAGAUGUUGAAGAAUAUUACUACUAA